AUGCCGACACGUUGUGAAAUAUGCUGCGAGAUUUUGAUCGCGAUCUUGAUUCCUCCACUCGGAGUUUGCUUUCGCCACGGUUGUUGCACAGUUGAAUUCCUCAUCUGCUUGCUCCUCACAAUUCUGGGUUAUAUUCCUGGCAUCAUUUAUGCUCUCUAUGCCAUUAUUUUUGUUGAUCGUGAUCAGUACUUUGAUGAAUACAGGCGUCCUCUCUAUGCCCAAUACUGA